AUGACGGAUCCGGAAGGCAGUGCGGUUCGCGAAAUGGGUUCUGGUCUCUUCCAACAGGCUUGGCGGUUGCAGAAAAUGAACAGGGUCGCACUCACAAUCCUUAUUAUCUGCACAGCGCUCUUUCUCGCUCUGUCUUUCGAUUCCCCCUCGUUUUCCAACGUGGAGAACGCAUGGAAACCUUGGUUCUCUGCAGGUCCUGAGAUGUUGGCAGCGCCGCUUGCCCACAACUGCAGCUGCAACAGCCAAGAGAUUACGCCGCAGCCAACACCCUCAGCAGAGAUCAAACUCGUGGAAAGAAUUGUAGAGAAGCCGGUUGAGAGAAUCGUGGUGAAAUCAGUGGAAAGGUUUGUAGAGAAGAUAGUUUACGAGACAAAGCCGGUACGAGUGUACGUCUAUGACCUGCCCAGCAAGUUUACGACCGACUUUUACGCGCAUCUACAUGCAACGAGGACGCCCCACGCGGCAGAAUGGUGGAUCUACCUAGACAUCAUGGGCGAUCCGGCGGAACGGGACAACUCCGUCUCCGUUCGUGUGGACACAACGGAAGAGGCGGACGUCUUCCUGGUUCCAUUCAUGGCAUCUCAAUCGUUCAACUGUUACCGCCAGGAGCACUUUCUGAGGCACGACUUCCGGGAGAUAUGCGGCGACUUGUAUGGGAAGGAUGAUGAGCUGCAGGACGAGCUGUUGGCCUGGCUCGAGACGCAGGCCACGUGGCAGCGAUCUGGAGGCAUUGACCACGUGAUCCUCGUGGUGCACCCGCUCGCGAUGAAUCGGAUUGGUUACUUCCUGAGGCCGUGCGUCCAUCUGCUGACGGACUUCGUCUUUUAUACCUCGGACACGGCGAGCUUGGAGAAGGACGUGGUCGUCCCGUAUUCACACCUGGUGGAACGGCUCCCGGACGACCUGGUGGGACCAGCCACCAGCGAGGCGAACCUCGCGCAGGCAGAUAUCCUGCUAUAUUUUGCCGGGAUCCUUGAAAGACAGGGUAUGGGCCAAGUCCGGAACAAGCUGAGCGAAGUCCUUCAAGGAGAGGAGGGAGUGGUCAUUAACAGCCGGGAGGGCCAGGGAGCGCUGGACGACGACACGGUGGCUGCUACCGCUGCGGAAAUGAGGCGAUCAAAGUUUUGCCUGGACCCUGCCGGCGACACCCCCUCCUCCGCGCGCCUGUUCGACGCGAUCGUGAACCUGUGCAUCCCGGUGAUCAUUAGCGACGACGUGGAGAUCCCUUUCGAGGGACAAGUGAACCUCAGAGACGCUUGUGUGUUUGUGACAGAGGCUGACGCAGUGCAGCCCGGCGUGCUGGUGGCGCGCUUGCGAGCGAUGCCGGACGAGGACGUCCUGAGGAUGAGGCGACAGCUGCCAGAGGUCCGGACACCAAGUCCAAGCUUUCUCUUGGAAUCUUGCUCUUAA